AUGAUUAAUAAAAAGUUAAAUAUAAGGAAAAAAAAAAAUAUAAGUAAUGUUGAUAUAAAAGAAAAAAAGAAAGUGAAAAUAAAAGAAGUUAAGAUAAAUGAUAUAGUGAGUUGUAUAGCAUGUUUAUCUAAAGACAAAAAAAUAUUAAAUAAAAAUAAAGAGGAUAUUUUAAGUAAUGUAUCUGAAGAAUCAGAUUCAUCUUCCUGCAAAAAUGAUAUAAAAAAAAAAAAGAAGAAAAAAUGUGAAAAUGUAAGCUUUGAUAAAUAUGAUACAUUAGAUAAUAUAUUUAAUGAUGAAAAGAAAAGUAAAAAAAUAAUUUUUGAAGAUUCAAUUAUAUCUAAUGAUAAAAAAUAUAUAUAUGAAGAUGAAUUAAAUAUAAGUAAAAAUGACGCUUUAAUUUUAAAUGGGAAGAUAUAUAAAGAUGUAGGAACAUUAGAAAUUCAUCUUUUCAAUUAUAAUGAUGAUAUAUUUAAUAUUUAUGAUGAUGUUAUAAUUGAUAAUUAUCCGUUAUGUUUAGAAAUAAUAAAUAACUGCUAUUAUCAAAAUAAGAACAUCGUAGCUAUAGGUACAUUAAAUUCAGAUAUAGGAUUAUGGGAUAUAAAUAAUAUUGAUACUUUAGAACCAUUAAGUUAUUUAGGAAAUAGUCAUGAAGAUAUAAAAAAGGAAGAAAAAAAGAAAAAAAUGCAGAAGAAAGAAAAAAAAGAAAAAAAAAAAAAUUAUGAAAAUAAUUUACGUGGUCAUACUGAUUGUGUAACCUGCUUAAACUCUUCCACUUUAAUAAAUAAUUUAUUAUGUAGUGGAUCAAAAGAUUCCACAGUAAAAUUAUGGGAUUUAAGUAAUCUUUCUCCUUUACACACUUUUACUUUUCACAAAAAAAAAAUUAAUAAUGUUGCUUUUCAUACAAAAGAAAAAAAUAUUUUAUUUUCAACAUCCUCUGAUAAAACAUUAAAAAUUUAUGAUAUAAGAAAAAAUACAUUUGGUUUAAAUAUUAAUUUAACAAGUACACCUGAAUCUACUAUAUGGAGUAAAUACGAGGAACAUGUUAUAUUUUUAUCAGAUGUUAAUGGCUAUAUUAACAAAAUAGACAUUAGAAAUAUUAAAUCUUCUAAUAUGAUUGAAAAUAGUAUAUUAAAAUUCAAAGCAUUUGAUAAAUCGUGUGUUUCACUUUUAAGUACAUAUUACAAAGAUUUAACUUUAGCUGGUUCAGAAGAUGGUAUUAUUAAAGCUUAUGAUUUUAGUAAAGUUAGCGAAAACGAACCAUUUUGUGUUUUUACAAAAAAUAUUAAAAAGAAUUUAUUUUAUAUGAAAGAUAAUGAGGAUUGGCCCAAUGUAAUAUUUUUGGGAAGUGAUAAAUUAUAUGAUUGGGAUUUAAAAUCAUGUGAAGAAAUAUAUAAACAUUUCAAUUUAUGA